UGAUAUAUCCACCUUACGUACCAACACCAUGGUCUGGGCAUCUGUGCAUACUCCUACUCCUAGUCCUCUGUUUUUACUGUUAGCCAUCCUCCUCUUGUCACGAGCAGCUUUGAACCCCAUGUCAUCUGCAACUGCAACACUAGCUGAUUACAGCACCAAUACAACCAGAGAUGCUCUGCUCUGCCUCAAGUCCCGCCUCCACAGCCCCACCCGAGCUUUCGCCACUUGGAACGACGACACCUCACCAGAUUUCUGCAAUUGGCACGGCGUCACAUGCACAACAAAGACAGGGCAACAACCCCUGCUGGUGGCCUUGGAUAUUGAGGAGGAAGGCCUCGCCGGUGAGAUCCCGCCCUGCAUCUCCAACCUCACUUCCCUGGUAAGGAUCCACUUGCCCAACAACCAGAUCUCCGGCCAUAUCCCGCCGGAACUUGGCCGUCUCUCCGGGCUCCGGUAUCUCAACCUCAGCUUCAACAUCCUCGGUGGCACCAUCCCUUUCAGCCUUGGUAACCUUCGCAACCUUUCGUCUCUAGACUUAGGCAACAAUCGGUUUUCCGGCAAGAUUCCGCCGCUGCUCGGGAGCUCCCCGGCGACAGAGUUUGUCAACCUCCCCAACAAUCUUCUAUACGGAGAAAUCCCACAAUCACUAGCAAAUAGUUCCUCCCUCCGUUACAUUUCUCUUGACAACAACAGCAUUCAAGGGGCUAUCCCUUCGUCCCUGUUCAACAACUCAAUCAUCAUGGAGAUACACCUUUCGCACAACAAUCUUUCUGGUGCAAUUCCACCUUUCAUCAUGUUCCCUUCAAAACUCACCUACCUAGAUCUCUCCCAAAACAGUCUUUCCGGACCCGUGCCAUCGUCGGUGGCAAACCUCUCGUCCCUUACCUCACUCGACCUCUCGCACAACCAGUUGCAAGGAUCCAUUCCAGAUUUGGGUAGACUUGCAGGGCUACAAAGACUCGGUCUCUCCUAUAAUAGUCUGUCAGGCAUAGUGCCACCCUCCAUUUACAAUCUGUCUUCAUUGAACGUUCUUAGACUGACAAGCAAUAACCUUGGAGGAACACUGCCUUUUGAUAUGGGUAACACGCUUCCUAACCUCCAAACACUGAGCAUGGCUGAUAAUCAUUUUGAGGGAGACAUCCCUGCCUCACUACAAAAUGCCUCUGGCAUGGUGUAUAUCCAUCUAGCCAACAAUUCUCUAACUGGGGUGGUUCCUUCUUUCAGCUCCAUGCCAAGUUUGAAGUAUGUAAUGUUGUACGCAAAUCACCUAGAGGCUGGAGACUGGACAUUCUUCUCCUCUUUGGCGAAUUGUACACAGCUGCUGAAACUUAAUGUAGGUGACAACAACUUGCGCGGGGAUUUACCAGCAAAUUCCAUAGCAAAUCUUCCCAAGAGCUUGACUGCUCUGACUCUCCGGUCAAACGACAUCUCUGGCACCAUCCCCUUGGAGAUUGGAAACCUCUCAAGCCUUUCCAUGCUCUAUCUUAAUACUAAUCUUUUGAUGGGGUCUAUACCUUCUACCAUUGGUCAGCUACGCAACUUGGUUGAGCUUAGCCUGUCACAGAACAAAUUUUCUGGAGAUAUUCCACCUUCCAUUGGCAACUUAAAUAAACUAGAACAACUUUAUUUGCAAGAAAAUCAAUUGAGUGGAAGCAUCCCUGAAAGUUUAGGAAGCUGCCAGAAGUUGUUGGCACUAAACCUUUCCUGUAAUGCCCUUGGUGGAAGCAUGAGCGGGCAUAUGUUGAGCAGGUUGAGUCAACUGAGUUUGUUACUAGAUUUAUCCCACAACCAACUCACAAUGUUCAUACCACUAGAUAUGGGUAGCUUGGUAAACCUUGGUUCCUUGAACAUCUCUCACAACAAUCUCAUGGGCAGAAUCCCAUCCACACUCGGUGCAUGUGUCCGGUUGGAAGCGCUUCGUGUAGAAGGGAACCUCCUGCAAGGAAGCAUUCCGCAAUCACUAGCAAGCCUCAAAGGCAUGCAAGUGUUAGAUUUCUCCCACAACAACCUAUCUGGUACAAUUCCGGAGUUCCUCGAGACCUUCACCUCGUUGCAGUAUUUGAAUAUGUCCUUCAACAACUUGGAAGGACCAGUUCCCACCAGUGGAGUGUUUGCUAACACAGGUGGUAUUUUUGUCCAAGGAAAUCCACACCUUUGUGCCAAUGUUGCAAUACAAGAGCUGCCAAGUUGCUUUUCUUCAGCAUCCACAAAAAAUCACAAGUUCGUUCUUCCUAUGUCGAUAGCUCUGUCAACUCUCGUUGCACUUGCUUUGAUGUUGGGGGUGUUCAAUUUUCUGUUGAGGAGGAGAUACAAACCCAGUGAGAAAAUUGGACAUUCAUACAUGGAAUUGAAAAGGAUAACAUAUGGCGACAUAAACAAAGCAACAGACAGUUUUUCUCUAGCCAACGUAGUCGGCUCCGGGCAAUUUGGGACUGUCUACAAAGGUUGCUUCAACGCGAAAGAUGGUACGGUUGCGGUUAAAGUCUUCAAGCUCAAUCAGGAUGGCGCAUUGCAUAGCUUCAUUGCUGAGUGCAAAGCACUGCAACACAUCCGCCACCGGAAUCUCGUGAAGGUUAUAACCGCAUGCUCAACUUAUGACUCAGUGGGAAAUGAGUUCAGGGCUCUAGUCUUUGAGUAUAUGGCCAAUGGAAGCCUUGAAGACCGACUUCAUAACCACCAGUGUGGUGGUUUGAGUUUGGGCGCAAUGAUAUGCAUAUCAGUUGACAUUGCUUGUGCUCUUGAAUACCUACAUAACCAGUGCAUCCCACCGGUUGUUCACUGCGAUCUGAAACCAAGCAACAUACUUUUUGACAAUGACCAUACUGCACAUGUCUGCGACUUUGGUCUAGGAAAGCUAAUUCAUGGAUGUUCAUUUGGAGGGCAGAGCGGCACAACAAGCAUAAUUGGGCCAAGGGGAUCUAUUGGGUACAUACCUCCUGAGUAUGGAAUGGGCAGUGAAAUCUCAACCGAGGGCGACGUCUACAGCUAUGGCAUUCUUCUUUUAGAAAUGCUAACACGGAAACGACCUACUAAUGAAGAGUUCAGUGAUGGCUUGACGCUCCGCAAGUAUGUAGAAGCAUCACUUUCACGAACCGAAGACAUUCUUCAACCCAGCCUUACUUGGGAGACGGGAGAUCAGCGUGUUGAUGAUAUCCCAAAGAUGAAAGAAUACAAGACACUUGCACUUAGUUAUGCUCUCCGGCUCCUGAAGCUUGGUUUGUUAUGCUCCACAGAAUCACCAAAAGAUCGUCCAGCGAUGCAUGAUGUCUACAGUGAAGUCAUAGAAGUAAAAGAGGCAUUCUUCUCUAUGGACAACAAAAGCAAAGACCCUAAAUAAUGAAGGCAAAGACAGUCGACAAAGAUGAAGUUCGUUGCUUCGACCACAGCAUGACAACAUGUUGCUAUCUUUUUCCUCAAAAAAGAACAUGUUUCUAUCUUUUUUCCUUUUCUGUAAGCCAAUAUGUUUGGCUCGCUGUAAUAAUUUGAUUGCAUACACUCCCAGUGAUGGGUUUCUAAUGGGGAUUUUUUUUUUGA